UUUUUUAUUUAAAAAGAGCAAAAACUCGCAAUAAUGUUAGUUUUUCUGUUAAAUAGAAGUGGAACGUUAAUUUAUCGGUAAAACGAUAUCUUCUUACAAGUCGGCGCCCGCCAUUAAAUUCCGUGUGCCGGCGAUUUGGGCAAUUUCGAGAUUCGCCUGUAAAAAUGCUCAGAUUUCGGCAUUUGGCGACGUUUGGCAUAAAAUCGGCUCGUCCGAUUAAAUUGAGCCCACAAAAUUCUACAGGACCACAAACGUUUUUUAUCGCCCAUAGAUACUAUUCAAGACCACCAAAUAAAGAUAAUAAAAAUAUCCCAUCAUUACAAGAAUGUAUAAAACCCAACGAAAUGAGUAAACUUCCUAAAUUAGAGUGUGCUUUUGAUGCUAUCGAAGCAGAACAUCGCCGGAGAAAUAGGAACAUUUUAAUUAUAGGUUUAUUGUUUGCAGCACUUAGUAUAGGGGCUUUAGUGUUGUAUUUAAAUGCAACUGAAGAUAAACCACCAAAGAGAAAACCAAAACCAAAAAGACCAGCCAAACCAAUAAAAGGAGUUCCAAUUAAAAACCCAGCAAAUUCGGGUGAUAUCCCCGCCGAAGUUCCCUAUUUAUUAAUAGGUGGUGGUACAGCUGCAUUCUCUGCAUUUCGCGCAAUAAAAUCAAGCGAUCCAACGGCUCAAGUUUUAGUAGUAAGCGCAGAUGGUUUUUACCCUUACAUGCGUCCGCCGCUUUCUAAAGAACUUUGGUUCGGCGAAGAUGAAAGUGUUGCGCGAAAUCUAGAAUUUAAACAAUGGAAUGGUUCCCAAAGAAGUCUUUUUUACGAACCCGAUGAUUUCUAUGUGCCAUGUCGGGAAUUACUCGAUACUCCAAACGGCGGAGUAGCAGUCGCUCGUGGAUGGUCGAUUUCUCAUUUAGACGUCGUCGAGCGUAUUGCGUACCUCGAAAAUGGACAAGAAAUUAAAUACGGAAAGUGCCUUAUUGCAACGGGGGCAUCGCCGAAAAAUCUAGAUGUUUUUGAAAAUGCUGAAGAUGCUGUUAAAGAAAACGUUACGAUUUACAGGGAUGUUUAUGAUUUUAAAUAUAUGUUUGAUAUAUUAGGAGGGGCUAAAGCGAUUGCGAUUGUUGGUGGUGGAUUUCUUGGAAGUGAAUUAGCUUGCGCGUUUGGUAGAAAAUUUAAAAAGGAAGGAAUACAAGAGGUUUAUCAAAUUUUUAAAGAAGGUGGUAAUAUGGGAAAAGUCCUUCCGGAAUAUUUAAGCUUUUGGACUACGGAUAAAAUUAAACACGAAGGCGUACAUGUAUUAACUAAUAGUGAGGUUAUGUCGGCGGUUCCCUCCAAAGAUAGAGUUAAAUUAACGCUAAAUAACGGAAAGGAUAUUAUCGUGGAUAAGGUUGUUGUGGCUGUUGGAGUCGAGCCAAACACUCAAAUAGCAGAAAAAUCCGAUUUAGAAACUGAUCCAGAUCUUGGAGGAUAUUUAGUCAACACCGAACUUCAAGCUAGAUCAAAUUUAUACAUCGCUGGAGAUUGUGCGUGCUUUUACGACGUAAAAUUGGGUAGAAGAAGAGUUGAGCACCAUGACCACGCAGUUAUUUCCGGUCGAUUAGCAGGAGAAAACAUGACAGGUGGUGCAAAACCAUAUCUUCAUCAAAGUAUGUUUUGGUCUGAUUUAGGACCGGAAGUUGGUUAUGAAGCGAUUGGAAUUAUCGAUUCAACUUUACCAACAGUUGGUGUAUUUGCCAAAGCCAGCGAUAAAGAUAAUCCAAAAGCAGUGAUAACCGCAUCAGAUGACGGUCUUCGUUCGGAAACUGUUCCACCAGAAUGUAAAAAAUACGCUGCUACUUCACCGGAAGCUGAGAAAAAAGCACAGGAUAAUCGAAGGGAGAUGAGUAAACCAAUGGAAGGUGAAGAUUUUGGAAAAGGAGUUAUUUUUUAUUUAAGGGAUGAUAUCGUAGUCGGAAUUGUAUUAUGGAAUGUAUUCAAUCGAAUGCAAAUUGCUAGACAAGUAUUAAAAGAUGAACGAAAGUACGAAGAUUUAAAUGAAGUCGCGAAGUUGUUUAAUAUACACGAAGAUUGAAGAAUUAAUUUUUUAUGAGACAAUGAUCUAAAAUAAAAAAAAAAAAAGAAUUUAACCAUAUACAAUUAAGAGUGGUUUUUGUUAGAUUUCACUUUUUUGUUGUUACUGACACUUAACCAUUUUUUUUUGUAGUUUAAGUUUUGUAAAUAGGUUGUUUUCUUUUUUUAAAACAUAAAAAUCAUGUAUAUUUUAAUCAUGUACAUAAGUUCUAAGGACUUUUUGGUGCAUGGUUUUUGUAAAUGACACCCACUCUAAUUGGAAUAGUUUAUUUCUUUUUUUUUUCUAUACUUUAUGUGUAAUGAUGAUGUGCUAUAAUUUUUUGCAUUUGUUUUGUUAAAUUUGUACACAAAGAAAUUGAUAUGAAAACAUUUUAUUAUU